UCCAAUGAUAUCCAACUUAUAUUACCAAAACAUAAAAUUACCUUAUAUUAUAUAUGCACUUCUCAACAUGCACUCUAAAUUGUUCAUUUCUACCAUAAUCACACCCCCUCAUUAUUUUCUCUGUUGAUCAAUUAUUUUUCUUUUAGUUGCCAACCCAAUUCUCAAUAUGCUUCAAGCUCUAUCAUUAUCAGUAACUUCAACCUCUACAAAUUACGGAAUUGCCCAAUUUUCUCUUCUAAUUCCAAAAUUCAGCAACUCCAUAACUAUACAAAAUUUGAGCUGCAAAAAGCAGAGUGUUUCUUUAAGGGAAAAACAGAGCCUGACAGUAUGUUAUCUCAUGGCCAAGAAAACAGGGGACGAUGAAAAAUUAGAAGUCGUUAAUGAAAUUACGAAAAAACCAGUGAACUUACGUGUUGAGACGAGAUUGGCUAGAAAGAAAUUGGAGAGACUUACUUAUCUUGUAGCUGCGAUUUUGUCAAGUGUUGGUGUUACUUCAAUGGCUGCCAUGUCUGUUUAUUACAGAUUUUCUUUGCAAAUGGAGGACAGGGAAUUUCCUGCACUAGAAAUGUUUGGUACUUUUGCACUAUCUGUGGGUGCUGCUGUAGGAAUGGAGUUUUGGGCAAGGUGGGCACAUAAGGCAUUAUGGCAUGCCUCAUUAUGGAGUAUGCACGAGUCUCACCAUAAAGCAAGGGACGGCCCAUUUGAAUUGAAUGAUGUAUUUGCCAUAAUAAACGCAGUUCCAACAAUUGCUUUGUUGCAUUAUGGCUUCAAUAAUAAAGGUCUUAUUCCUGGUCUUUGUUUCGGUGCUGGACUUGGAAUAACGGUAUUUGGAAUGGCGUACAUGUUUGUGCACGAUGGCCUUGUCCACCGUCGAUUUGCUGUUGGUCCCAUUGCUAAUGUUCCUUACUUACGAACUGUCGCUGCAGCUCAUCAGCUUCAUCAUUCUGAUAAAUUUGAUGGUGUUCCUUAUGGUUUGUUUUUGGGACCCAAGGAACUAGAAGAAAAAGUUGGGGGAUUGGAAGAGUUGGAUAAGGAAAUACAAAAAAGGAUAAAAGCAUCAUGCAAACCAAAUUAAUCUUGUUGAAAUUGUUUUUCCUUAUGUUCAAAAAAAAUGAAUUUGUCCUUUUUCAUAUUCAUUUAGUAUUAUUUUGAAAUUAGUUUCUUUUUUAUGAAUUUGAAAUGAGAUCUCAAUACUCCAAAACCAAUUUUUUUA